AUGGCCAGUGUUCGAGCAGUGAUAUUUGAUCUCGGCGGGGUAUUGUACCCGUUCAGGGACUACAACAAGUUCAAGUACAUGUGUCAGAAGGGUUCGUUUUGAAAUUUUUGAAGCGAUGGCUUCCUUCUGUAGUGUUUUAUUUUGAAAAUCAUGUCAUUAUGGCCCUUUUUGAAUCGUCAUCUGUGCUUUAUAAGUACUUUCAACUAUAAUCUUUGAAACCGUACUUUAAAAUUUAAAGUGUAUCUUUAAAAAACCAGUAGUAAACUGUCACUAAUGCUAAUUAAUCUGUCAAGGAACUGCCAUUUCAGCAUCAGCCGAUCCUAAAACAAAGAAAAACUUAGUCGGCUGGCAAGAAGGAGCCUUGGCCACGUCAGAUGUCCGUGACUUCUUUGAACAAACUUUCGGAAUUCUUGUAAGCUGCUAACUAAUCAUUCCACAUCAGCGUGUUAUUAAAUGUUUCAAACCAUUUUAAAAUUAUUUUCAGCCAAAAAACAAAGAAUUAGAAGCAGUGAAGCUAGAGGACUUCAUGGGACCUAAAGUAAGUUACUACGUGAAGCAUAAAGCUUCUCUGCGGUAUUAUAAACACUAAUAGGCUAAAGAAUAUCAAACUAUAGUUAAAAAUAAUAAUAUUAAAUUUUCAGCAUGAGAAAAUCUGGAAAUGUUUGAAAACCUUGAAGGACAACAACAUCAAGACAGCAUUAUUGACAAACAACGGGUGGUGGACGGACAAGAAAGACAAAAGUGUAAUAUUCGAUGACCUCUCAUUGUUCGAUGUUGUUGUAGAGAGCUGUAAAGAAGGCAUUUGCAAACCCAACCCCAAAAUAUUCGAAGUAUGUCAUUGCAUAAGCUUAUGUGUAAUAUAAUAAGAACACUAAAGUACUAAAAAACAGACAGCUCGGACCUAAAAAUUUUAAAAAACUAACCUAAAGUACACAGACAUCUCAACAUAUUUCAGAUAACGUUAAAACGCUUAGGCCUGAAGCCUACGGAAUGUGCUUUCAUAGAUGAUCUCGAGAAAAACGUCGAGAGUGCAAACAAACUUGGAAUCAAUGGAAUUCAGGUACCUUUUUUUAGGUUUACCAUAUAUUGUAGUAAGCUUUGAAGCUCUAACGGAAUAUAUAUUGUAACUUCCCAUAAACUUGAAGUAGGUAUUGUAAUUGCUCGUAUGCUUUAAACUCUCGAGAACACACUUCGAAUUCUCGAGUCUGUGACAAUUCAAACACCGACUUCAAACUCUAAACAAACAAUCAUAUUAUUCUAGAUGGUGGACCAAAACCAAGACCUAGCCUUGGAGAAGCUACAGACCCUGGUCAAUGUCCCAUUAAAGUGA